CCGCGCGCCGCCCAGCGCCCCCCGCCGCCCGCUCGCGUCGGGCCGCCGCCCUCGAACAUGCAAGAAUGAAGCCUGGGCCAAGAGAGUUACCUAAUUUCUGUGACAUGGUCAUUGAGUUGUGGUGGCAAUGAAGAAAGAGGCCGAAUUGAUCGUUUUCCCCUAAAGGAAAAUGAUAGACAAAAACCAAACCUGUGGUGUGGGGCAGGACUCGCUGCCCUAUCUGACGUGUCUGAUUCACAUCGUCGAGGGGUGGUUUGGUGUGGACCACUUGGAGGACUACCUGAACUUUGCAAACUACCUUCUGUGGGUUUUCACGCCCCUCAUCCUUCUAAUACUCCCGUACUUUACCAUCUUCCUGCUCUACCUGACGAUCAUAUUCCUGCACAUCUACAAGAGGAAGAACGUGCUGAAAGAAGCGUACUCUCAUAACCUGUGGGACGGCGCUCGGAAGACGGUGGCGACGUUAUGGGACGGCCACGCAGCCGUGUGGCACGGUUAUGAAGUUCAUGGGAUGGAAAAAAUACCUCAAGAAGGACCAGCACUUAUUAUUUUUUAUCAUGGAGCUAUUCCCAUAGAUUUUUACUACUUCAUGGCUAAAAUUUUUAUUCACAAAGGCAGAACUUGCCGUGUUGUAGCCGAUCACUUUGUCUUUAAAAUUCCAGGGUUUAGUUUGUUGCUUGAUGUCUUUUGUGCCCUCCAUGGACCAAGAGAAAAGUGUGUUGAGAUUCUGAGGAGUGGCCACUUGUUGGCUAUUUCGCCCGGCGGAGUUCGGGAAGCUCUCCUCAGCGAUGAGACCUACGGCAUCGUCUGGGGCAGCCGCAGGGGCUUCGCGCAGGUGGCCAUCGAUGCUCAAGUGCCCAUUAUUCCUAUGUUUACGCAAAAUAUUCGAGAAGGCUUUAGAUCACUUGGAGGAACAAGGUUAUUUAGGUGGCUUUACGAAAAAUUUCGCUAUCCAUUUGCUCCCAUGUAUGGAGGCUUUCCGGUGAAGUUACGCACUUACUUGGGUGAUCCCAUUCCAUAUGACCCAAAGGUGACUGCAGAAGAAUUAGCCGAGAAGACGAAAAAUGCUGUUCAAGCUUUGAUUGAUAAGCACCAAAGAAUACCAGGAAACAUCAUGAGCGCGUUGUUAGAACGUUUUCAUAAAAAGCAAAAGAUCAACUAGAAGAUGAUUCAAUACAUUUAUAAUACUGGGUUUGUGUCUGUAGUACUGUCUUCUGAAUUUUAUAGGCCCUGUAGUAUUUUUUUGAACAAUCAUGCUGAUAGAAUUUUUCACUGAACUUUGUUUAAAAUUGUAUUAAUUUGGUUUUGCAAUCAAUGUGUCAAAUGUAAACAAUAACUCAUUACAUGCUGAAUAAUGAAAAAAACUUGUGUUUUCUCAUAAAUUCUUAAUCAUGUGUGAUAAGCCAUAUAGAUUCCUGAAGUUAAGAUUAUUAAUAAAAGCAAUUUAGGUUCAAACAACAUUCCCAAAUAAUGCAUCUUGUUUCUGUUGCAGUGAGCUAAUUCCGUGAGGUGAACUAACCUAGCUUAGUACAGAUUCUUAGUUAGAAAGAAAUGCUUGUUUUAUCUGUCUGCCAUUCCUUUUAUGAUCUUAGGCUAAUCCGAUUGUGUUUUGGUGCCUCAGCAAUGCACUUUUCAAAAACAUGUUAAUAUGGUGAGGAAUCUUCUUUUAAAUAAUUACUGUAAUUUAUAGCUGUAGGACAUAAGUCAUAACUAAAUUAAAUAACUCCAAGACCUUUUGAAGUUUAUGUAUAUAUUUUGUCCACAGAAUGUGUAAAUUAUUCCUGCAGUAUGAUGUCCAGUUGCCAAGCACAAUAAAAAAGAUGUACUGUUUAUCAAACUGAACUUAACUCGGGAAGGCAGAAUUUUCUAAUUGUUAUUAUGAGUAUUUUUUUAAUGAAUGUAGACAAACAAUAUAGUGUAUCUUGUGCAUUGUUCGCCCUAGAAUACGGCACAAAGGCUAAAUAUGAGGUUAAUGUGGGGUUCAAAUCACUGUGUUCUCUGUUUCUUAAGCUCGAAAGUGAAUCCAGGCUGAUGGAAACAGAAUAUAGAAAAAUUGUAUCUUGCCCAAUUUCAUGACUUAAUCAAAUGGCUGUUUCAGUAAAACUGCAUUUAAUGAUUAAUUUAUGUGAGCCAAAGUUUCUGGAAAGUGAAUGGCUUUUGAUUCAGGUUUUUUGCUGGUUGAUUUUGGUUUUGGGGGUCACAACCGCAGUGCUCAGGGCUUCCUCUUGGCUCUGCACUCAGGAAUUACUCCCGGUGACGCUUGGGGGCCACGUGAGAUGCCAGGGAUGGAAUCUGGGUCGGCCACAUGCAAGGCAAAUGUCCUCCCCACUGCACUGUCUCUCUGGCCCUGCGUUGUUGUCACCUAGGAAUCUGAAUUUUAAAAGUAUUGAAACAGAAUUAUGCCAGAAGUCAGAUGCAGUAUCUUCCUUUCCUUUUUCAGAUGUUAAAUUACUGGGAAUUUUGUAUAAGUUUUUGUAUCAUACCUAGGUACGUAUGCUUAAGUAAUGUAUAUGAAGCUGAACAGCAUAAAAAUAAAAGUAGAACUGAGUUGCAAUUCA